AAGGAAGGAAAAGUUUGCCAAAUGGAUUUCUUUAGAGGAGUCAGACCGUUAUUAUUCUCAUAUGUUCUUAUUAAUGGUAUAUUAAUUACUUUACAAACUAAAGAAGAAGUGCUUUUGGACAUGAGGGCAACAGGAGGCGAACUGGGCUGGUUGACAUGGCCCUUAGAUCAGGGAGACAAGCCUGGGUGGGAGGUCGUCCAAAGGACCCUGAACGGCUCUCAGUUCUAUACCUACUCCGUCUGCAAUGUUGGGGAACGUGAGCAGGACAACUGGCUCCGAACCACCUUCAUCCAGCGGCGUCCAUCAGCCUCGCGGGUUUUUGUAGAGCUCCAAUUUAUCGUGCGCGACUGCAACUCUUUUGGUGGUACAUCGAUGACCUGCAAGGAAACCUUCAACCUCUUCACGUCUGAGUCGGACGCAGACGUGGGCACUACCUUCCGCAAGGGCCAGUUUAAGAAAGUAACCACCAUAGCUCCCGAUGAGAUCACCGGCAAAAACGAAUUGCGCAUCAACACUGAGACGCGAGUGGUGGAGAACCUGUCUCGAAAAGGCUUCUACUUGGCCUUUCAAGACAUUGGAGCCUGCGUUGCUCUUCUCUCUGUUAGAGUUUACUACAAAAUUUGCCCCGCCACAGUGAAGAGUCUCGCGUCAUUCCCUGAGACGGUGGCUGGAGGUGAGAACCAGGCACUGAGGGAAGUGAACGGGCUGUGCGUGGAUAACGCCAUCAGUGAGGAGGUGCCUCGCAUCUACUGCACUGUGGAUGGAGAAUGGGUGGUACCAGUUGGACAGUGCCAGUGCAAAUCAGGCCAUGAAGAAGUUAAAGAUGCGUGCCAAGAAUGUCAGCCUGGCUUCUUCAAAGCCACAGCAUCCGGUGACAAGUGUAAACCGUGUCCUGAAAACACCCAGAGGCAGGGAUCUGGUGCUUUGUUUUGUCCCUGUAUGGAUGGCUUCUACCGGUCUCCAACUGACCCUUCUACCGGAUCCUGCUCAGCCCCCCCAUCCGCUCCACGAGACAUUGCGGCGACCACCACCCAACUCUCUGCAGGAAAACUCCUCCUCUCAUGGAGCCCACCAGAAAACACGGGAGGUCGAGAUGACGUCACCUACAGCAUUGAAUGUCAGCGCUGCGAGGGUUCUGCGUGCCAACCUUGCGGAGAGAAAAUUCGCUAUGAGCCGACUAAUGUGGGCCUGACUGACACCAAGGUUUCAGUCAGCGAGCUGGAUGCACACCUCAACUACACCUUCACUGUGGAGGCACAUAAUGGUGUGUCACUGGUCGCUAGUCAGGGAAUGUCACCGGCUGAUAGGCCACCAUCCACCAACACUCUGACUACAUCUCUGCACUACACAGAUCCUCCCAAGAUUACCACAAUGCGACUGGUUGAGAGGUCUGACACCACCUUGUCAAUUUCCUGGGACACCUUCCCCCAACAACCGAUCCAUCCCCGGCCCGUCCGCUAUGAACUUAACUACCGCAAGAAGGAUGAUAACCUUGGUGUGACUACCUACACCGUACUCCGUCUUGAGAAGAACUCUGUGCAGAUCAGUGAUCUGGCUCCGGGCACCGUCUACCUGUUCAGGGUUCAGGCCCUGGGCAGCGAUGGCAACCCUCCAGGCUCCAGCAUGGAGGAACAGUUUGAGACCACGUCUGAAGGACCCCUUACUCCAAACAACACAGCUGUCAUCUUCGGCGCGGCAGUCGGAGGAGCAGCCAUGUUGUUCAUAGUGAUUGUGGUCCUUUUCCUACGCAAACGGAAAAGAAACUCCCAUACCAGGCAAGGACCAGAGGACACUUACUUCUCCAGUGCAGAGCAAUUGAAACCUCUCAAGACCUACGUUGAUCCACAUACAUAUGAAGACCCCAACACAGCCAUCCUAAAAUUUGCCACUGAAAUCCACCCCAGCCACAUAACCAAACAGAAAGUCAUUGGAGCUGGAGAGUUUGGUGAGGUGUACCGAGGUAUUUUGAAGGUGCCGGCGAGAAAAGAGGUGGCUGUGGCUAUCAAGACGCUGAAGCCAGGCUACACAGAGAAACAGAGGCAGGAUUUUCUGAGCGAGGCCUCCAUCAUGGGUCAGUUCUGCCACCAAAACAUCAUCCGUCUGGAGGGGGUGGUGACCAAAUGUAAGGACUUCUUUAAACAUGCCAUGAUUGUGACUGAAUACAUGGAAAAUGGAGCCCUGGACCGAUACCUUAGGGACCAUGAUGGCGAGUUUUCCUCCUUCCAGCUGGUGGGCAUGCUGCGCGGUAUUGCCGCAGGCAUGAAGUACCUCUCUGACAUGAGCUACGUCCACCGUGACCUGGCUGCCCGCAACAUUCUGGUCAACAACACCCUAGAGUGUAAAGUGUCAGAUUUUGGCCUGUCACGAGUGCUGGAGGAUGAUCCCGAGGGAACGUACACCACAAGUGGAGGCAAGAUCCCCAUUCGCUGGACAGCUCCAGAGGCAAUUGCAUACAGGAAGUUCACCUCAGCUAGUGAUGUGUGGAGUUUUGGCAUUGUCAUGUGGGAGGUCAUGGCCUUUGGAGAAAGGCCUUAUUGGGACAUGAGUAACCAUGAGGUGAUGAAAGCUAUCAAUGAGGCUUUCCGGCUGCCAGCGCCAAUGGACUGUCCCUCAGCUGUUUACCAGCUGAUGCUUCAGUGCUGGCUCCAGGACCGCUCCAAGAGGCCUCGCUUUGGAGACAUUGUCAGCCUGCUGGACAAGCUGCUGCGGAGUCCGGAAUCCCUGAAGACCAUUGCAGACUUUGACCCACGCGUAUCCAUCCGCCUGCCCAGCACCAGUGGCUCAGACGGUUCCCCUUUCAGGUCGGUGUCUGAGUGGCUGGAAUCCAUUAAGAUGAGCCAGUACAGCGAGAACUUUACCUGCGCUGGGAUCGUCACCAUGGAACAGGUCCUGCAGAUGAAGAAUGAGGAUAUUAAGAACAUCGGGGUGAGGCUGCCCGGCCACUUGAAAAGAAUCGCCUACAGCAUCUUGGGUUUAAAGGACCAGACCAGCACCCUGAGCGUGUUUGCAGUGUGAUCCUUACAACGAAGGGAAUUGAAAUCGGGCACUGAAGCAGGCAGCCCUUUGAACUCUAAGCUGAGCUGGAGCGGAACUGCAGGGACGGCUUUGGAUGGGCAGAACCAAGAAAAAUUGUGCCAUCCUUUGGGGCCGACUGAAUCAGACUAACUUACUGUACAUUUUUGAUUUCUUCAUCUUAUCCACAUGGGAAUGGAGCAAAUACACAGCAAUAGAUGUAUCAAGUAGACUGUAUAUUUAGAUAUCUAUUUUGACUAUCCACUGUUCUCUGUACAGUUACAAUUCAUGCAUUUUUUUUCCUCUUAAACUUCUCAUUCCCGCUUCAUAAAAAUCAACAGACCUCUCGUAGCAUCCUGUAUCAAACACACAAGGAAAGCGCAGUAAGUGUGAUAGCAUGGGAGCAGUGGAGCCCAGCCCUGGCUCAGUUUGUGGUCGGUGCUGAUGUCACGGCGUCUCCCCUUUAAUUGGCACUUUGAUCCAUUUUGUUUCAGACCAAUAAGGAUGGAGCAUCGAGACGGCUGAAAUGAGCUUGAGCUGGCCAAAACUUAAAGAGAUGGCGUUGAUACCAGCCUUCGACUGGCUCAGCUCAGAAAUUAAGCUAUAAUCAUAUACAUGAUGUUAUAUGAAAAAAAAAAGGAGAUGAUAUAUAUGAGGUACUUUUUGUGUACAGAUUUACUUUUGUUUUGUUUUGUGUGUGUUUGGGCGAUUACCACAACCAGUAGGUUUAAGAGUUUAUAAUGUAGCACUUGUAUCAAGAAUCAUAUGGUCUUGGUUUGUCUGACAAUUGCAAGAAAAGGGGCGAUCACACUCCAAAUCGUUAAAACUAAAAGAAAUGGUAUUGAAGUGAGAAAUUGUGUAAAUGUAAUGAAAGAAUGACAGAAUCUGUUUGUAGCGUGCCGCUAAUGAAGAGAGUGGGUGAAAGUGAAGUUUGCCAAAAAUGCAAAUGCAUCCCCCGCCCCAAAAAAAAAAAGAUGUAUUGAUGAUGAGUCUUGUUGUGGUUGAGAUGAUUUCAUACUUAAUUAUAGUUUGGUUUGCGAUUUCAAUGUCUCUCUUAGUUUUGUAGUAGCUAGACAAAUACUCAUUCAUGUACUUGUUGGCUUGAGUAACAUUGUGACGGGGAUGGAAUUAUAUGCUUUGACAAUUAAGUGCUCAACUUGUUCCGGACAUUCAAAGACAUUUUAAAGUGCCUGUUUGUGGAACCGCAGUGGGAGUUUGCUUCAGCCUGUUUUUUAUGAAGCGGCUGUCCGGUGUAGUGGGAUGGGAAGUGUGUAGCGGACAGUUUCCCCGGUGCUCUUAAUUGAUGACUGCAAAUCAUUGUGUUACUGAUGUACACCUUCUUUUACUUGAAUUUUCAAAUGUAUCUAUGAUUCUAUUGUAGCUGAUAGAUCCAUCUUUGGAAAAGGGAUUUUUUUUGUUUGUUAUUACUCUGGUUUACUGGUUGCAAUUACAUUUUGUACAUUUUGUAUGAUUUCGCUAUUUACCAUAUUAACAAACUGAUUAUUUUUUUUAAAGUUCCCAUCACUUUCCUCCAAGGCGACCACUUUCCUCACAAUUUUGCUGCCUUUCUAAAAACUUUGAGAGUUCCUUCAUCAAAGAGCAAACUCCUUCCUCUUUGCUUGUUGUUUUAUACUGUAUUUAAUAGUCUAUUUAUUUUUUACUUGUAUUUAUUUAUCCUGAUAAACACUGAGCUGGGAUUAUAAUUGAAGGUUGUUCUCUCAUUCAAAAUAAUAAAAAAACAAAUUCUAUUGUGCCCUUUUUAUUCCUGAUUUAUUCAAACCU